UAUAAUUUGUCUGGCCUUGGGAGUCAAGUCCGUCGCUUCUUAAGAAUUAGGAGAGAAGAGAAACAAAGCAUUAAUUCGAUAAAGGCUCCUCAGAUGGAUUCUAAAAUGGGAAAUUUCUUCGACUCCAUCGGUUCCUUCUUCAGCGGCGGCGACAAGAUCCCUUGGUGCGACCGUGAGGUCAUCCUUGAAUGUGAGAAAGAAGUUAAGACAGCAACGGACGGGGACUCGGAAGACCAAAAGAAAGAGAGCAUUAUGCGAUUGUCUUGGUCUCUUGUCCAUUCCCGACAAGCCGAAGAUAUCCAGCGUGGAAUCGCCAUGCUCGAAGCUUCUCUAGCAACUAGUAGCCCUCCUUUGCAGGACCGGGAGAAGAUUUAUCUUCUUGCUGUUGGUUAUUAUCGUACUGGAGACUACUCUAGAAGCAGACAGCUCGUGGAGCGCUGUCUCGAGGUUCAACCUGAUUGGAGGCAAGCUUUAGCCUUAAAGAAAACCAUUGAAGACAAAAUCGCAAAAGAUGGUGUUAUUGGGAUAGGCAUCACGGCUACAGCCGUUGGCCUCAUAGCCGGUGGAAUCGCUGCUGCUUUGGCUCGCAAAAAGUGACCCUUGCAGAUUCGUUGUGCAUAUAAAUAACAUAUGCUUUCUUUUAAGUUCUUUUUUUUUGUUUUUUCAGCUUUCAGAUGUUCCAUUACUUUAUUUUAUAUGCUCUCCCCUCUCGCCUAUAUCCCAAAGUCAGAGCCAAACUUAUUGUGUUUAUACGGUCAUAAUCUGAUAAUUGUUUGUUUGUA